AUGGACGUAUGUAAUAGGGCCCUAGGAGUGUCCCAGGGCUCCCCGCCUUCUUUGGGAGAAUUCAUAGGGCCGCGCCUUGAUACCGUCCUAGGGUCCCAGUCGUCCCUGGGAGUUUCCAUGGGGACUCCGCUGCUCCCAUUAGGUUCCUGGAAGACCCCGGCAUCCCUGGGACGUUUCCUGGGACUCCUGUUGCAUCUGGGAGAGUCCCAGGGGUCUUCGCCGCCCCUUGGAGGGACCCAGUGGCUCCCACUCGACCCUGGGAUGGUCCCUUGGGUCCCAGGUGCUACCGUGGAUCCCGUAAGGGUCCCAGGGACCCCAUCGAUUCUGGGAGGGUGCUUGGGGCCCUCGAUGCCCCUGAGUGGGUACUCACCGCACCUGGGUCGGUCCUAUGUGUCCCCUCCGGCCCUUCGAGGUUCCCUGGGGGCCCCAGCAGCCACUGGGGUCCCUGCCUUCUUUGGGAGAGUUCCUGGGGCCCGUGCCUUCCUUGAGACUGUCCCAGGGGCUCCAGUCGCCCCUGGGAGUUUCCAUGGGGCUCCGCCGCUCCAGGGAGGUUCCCAGACGACCCCGGCAUCCCUGGGAGGUUUCCUGGGACUACUGCUGCAUUUGGAAGAGUCCCAGGGGUCCCCGCCACCCCUUGGAGGGACCCAGUGGCUCCCACUCCACCCUGAAAUGGUCCCUUGGGUCCCAGUCCACCAAUCAAAUUUAAGUAAGGAAUUGAUGGACGUAUGUAAUAGGGCCCCUGGAAAUGCGGCUCCUGAAGUGUCCCAGGGCUCCCCGCCUUCUUUGGGAGAAUUCCUAGGGCCCAUGCCACCCUUGAGACUGUCCCAGGGGCCCCAGUCGCCCCUGGGAGUUUCCAUGGGGACUCCGCCGCUCCAGGGAGGUUAUCAGACGACCCCGGCAUCCCUGGGAGGUUUCCUGGGACUACUGCUGCAUUUGGGAGAGUUGCAGGGGUCCCAGCCGCCCCUUGGAGGGUCCCAGUGGCCCCCACUCGCCCCUGGGAUGGUCCCUUGGGCCCUAGGUGCUCCCGUGGAUCCCGGAAGGGUCCCAGGGGCCCCCGUCGCCUCUAGGAGGGUGCUUGGGGCCCUCGAUGCCCCUGAGUGGGUACUCAUCGCACCUGGGUUCCUGGGGCCCGCGCUGCCCUUGAGACCGUCGCAGGGGCCCCAGUUGCCCCUGGAAGUUUCCAUGGGGACUCCACCGUUCCUGGGAGGUUCCCAGAAGACCCCGGCAUCCCUGGGAGGUUUCCUGAGACUCCUGCUGUAUCUGGGAGUCUCUCAGGGGUCCCUGCCGCCACUUGGAGGGACCCACUGGCCCCCACUCGCCCCUGUGAUGGUGCCUUGGGUCCCUGGUGCUCCAGUGGAUCCCGGAAGUGUCCCAGGGGCCCCCGUCGCCUCUGGGAGGGUGCUUGGGUCCCUCGACGCCCCUGAGAGCGUCCUCACCGCACCUGGGUGGGUCCUAUGGGCCUCCUCCGCCCCUGUGAGGAUCCCUGGGGUCCCAGCAGCCCCUGGGAGGGUUACAGGGGCCCCGCCGAUUGUGGGAGGAUCCAAGGAGCCCCACUGCAUAUGGGAAGGAUUCAGGGGCCCCAAUCGCUUCCACAAGGAUCCCAGGGGCCCCACCACCUCUGGGAGUGUCCCCGCCGGACAUGGGAAGGUCCCUGGGGGCAGUUGUUUUUCUGCUAUUUAG